GGGGGAAGUCCCAGCCACCCAAACGACAGUGUUUGCACCAGGGUGUCAGCUGGGGCUCGUGCUGUGUGCAACAUUUGGUUCCUGAGCACUGGAAGAAGACAUUGCCUGGAGACUCCGGGGUAGUGGGGCUAGUCGUGGUAUGAACCAUUCCAGGAAAUGUUACUUUUCCACAGAAUGGAUCCUGUUUGGUGUUCAGUAUCGACUGGCUUUUCGCUCAUGAUGAGGCAGAUUAGAGGAGCCCCAGAAAAGGUGCUGUGGUCUCAGUCUUUAGAUCGUUUUGGUGAACAGUUACAGUGUGUUCAGCAGCUUUGGGCUGACUGUGGAACUCGUCAGCUGAUCACGGAAGGAAGCAGCAUAGAAGUGUCGCACUAAAGGCAACAAAGAGUCCACUGAGCUUGCUGGAAAAUUAAUGUUCGCCAAAAUUAAAGUUGGAUGUCUGAUUGGAUGCGUGACUCUGUGAUCACUGGAGGGUGCUGUUUGUGAGAACAAAAAACCUUGCAGGGGAGGUGGAUGGACUAUGUCAGGGAAAAAACGCAUUUCCUCAUUACCACAUAAACCCACUGAUGGAUUUAUAUGGGUGGCAGACAGGGCAAGCUGAGGACCAGUAGCAACGACAGCGAUGCCCUGAUUCUUGGCAACUCCACGCAGACAAGUGAGCGGUUCCUUCAGCACUGACUGGACCAAAUGACCGCCACCUAAGUCUGACGUACCUAGGAGGAAGUUCCCAAAGCCAUUAUGAGGUCCAAAAUGGUAGAGAUCACCAAAGAUGGGGCACACUAGAAUGCCUCUACGAUCUUGCAAAAUCCAGGAAAACCCAGAGAUUGGUGGGACCGGUGGGAUCUACGCACCAAUGAAUCAGUAGGACUAUUUAGACAUGAUCGCCUUGGUGAUGGGACCAGCCAGAUGAGUUUUUGCAUAGCUCCCGCUUCUGUAGUAAGUCAGGAAGUUACUAUUUGUGCAAGGCGCUUACAUCCAAGCAAAGGUUUUUUGUGGGCGUGGCUGCCGUGAACAUCUGACCUGGUUGUGUCCCAGCCCCUCGGCGGUGACGAGCUAACGCAGGCAUGCUAGCAUCAAGGCGCCCGGGCUCCGGGGCCCCGGCUCCAGCCGUUAAGGAGUGGAGCUUUGAGUUCCCGGUGGGCGUGGACUGCAGCGACCCCGAGCCACGCUGCAUAUGGCUGACGGCCCUGAGGAAUACGCAAGUCCGGCCCACCCUGGUACAGGUCCCCUACAGGGACAUGAUGCACCGGUAUCUCUGCAGGGCAAAAGAGCAAAGAGAUGAGGUUCCGUCGUCCAAUGAGAGCGCUCACCCGGCGUCUGCGGAGGGCGUGGCGUGGAAGGGGCCUCGCACCGUGGUCGUGCAGAAGAACACCCAGGGCUUUGGCUUCACGCUGAGACACUUCAUCGUGUACCCGCCAGAGUCUGCCUUCCACUCCUCUCUGAAGGAUGAGGAAAAUGGAAAUGGAAAAGCGAAUCAGAGGGGCCGUCUGGAGCCCAUGGACACCAUAUUUGUAAAGAGUGUGAGGGAGAAGGGUCCUGCCCACCAAGCUGGGCUUUGCACAGGGGACAGGCUGGUGAAGGUGAACGGAGAGAAUGUCCUGGGCAAAACCUACACUCAGGUCAUAGCGCUGAUCCAAAGCAGUGCGAGCGUGCUAGAGCUGUCAAUCAUGCCUAAAGACGAGGACGUGCUCCAGCUGGCGUACUCACAGGACGCCUAUCUUAAAGGCAAUGAGCCGUACACAGGGGUGGCCGAGAACCUUCCGGAACCUCCUCCCAUCUGCUACUCGCGCAGCAAGCCCACCCCUGCUGCGGCGGCUCAGACCCUCGGCCCCCCCGACAACCUGAACUGCAGGCCUUCAGAGGGCCACGCAGCAGAGGACGGCCCCGGGGACGCAGGCCGGCGCUCGGACGGGCCGGGCCGCGGUGCUCCGGGCCACCACCGCGCCCGCUCCUCUUCCUCAGCGGGCAUAGCCGUCAGCCCGCUGGACUUCCACUUCGCCAACCACAACGCGGCCAUUGCCUCGGCCUCGCUGCCCCACCCCCGCAAGAACGGACAGGCGCGCAACAGACUAUGCCACCAGGCGCUGGCCGAUUGGUACCACAGCCAGGCGGCGGGGGGCGCGGGUCUGGCCGCUACCCACCGCCAGCACGGAGGCUCUCAGGAGCGGCUGCCGGAGGCGGGGCACGCAGCCUGGCCCCACAGCGCCUCUCAGGAGACGCUCCUCCACCACUACGGAGGAGGCGCAGGGGCGAACUGGGCCACCGCGUGGGGGCCACCGUCCGGCCGCUCCUGCUCAGAGAACCUGCUGGCCGCCUACGCGGGGCACGAACAGGGCUAUGGCUGCUCGCUGGAGUCGCUGGGCCAGGCGGCUCUGGUCUCGACCCGCUACGGGAAACAGGUGUGGCCCCAGCAGGGGGGCCCCGCGGGCCGGGCAGAGGAACGGCCCGGCCCCGCCCAGGAGCGCGGCGCCGUUUCCCCGGCGGCGCCACAAGCGGGGCAGGGCUCCGGCCUCACCCGGAAGCAGGCGGACCUCCACCCUCAGAUGACGGCGCAACCCAGACGGCUCCCCGCCCGGGCCGCAGACGACCAGACAGUGGGCUACUGCAGCUACAGCCCGUCCUUCUGCCGCAAGGCCGGCCACCUCAUGCAGCAGGCGCACUCCUUCAGGGAUGCCUCCUACGCCCACGCCCACCUCGGCUGGACGCCCACGCCCAAAGCCAGCCCCUCGGACAGCGCACCCUCUUUGGCCCCGGAGGCCUCCCCUCUGCCCCCGUCCUCUGUCACCGAGGACUCGGUGAAGACGAGCUCCGGAGGCGAGAGGGAGCUGGAGGGGGGGGUGGACCCCGCUCCUCACGCACAGGAGGUCCUCCUCAGGCAAAAGCCCCCGUCCGGCAGACCCACCCACGUCGCACGCCACCUCCCCGAGCCUGCCGUGGCCUCGGCCCCUGCCGCGCGGGCGGAAGAUGCUCACCCGCAGAGCCUGCCGCUGGAGCACAACUCCCUGGCCUCUAUUCCAUUCAUAGACGAGCCCACCAGCCCCAGUGUGGACCUUCUCACCCAGCACGUGCCCGCCUCUGCCGUGGUGUCCGGCGGCCCGUGCCAAGUGCCCGCCCUCGCCGGCCUCCCAGGCUCCUCUCCCCUCGCCUCCCCACUCACCCGCCUCCUCGACACGGACGGCAGCAACAUGAAGAACAGCCGGCGCUCCUCAUACCUGCUGGCCGUGACCACCGAGCGUUCUAAGUCAUGUGACGAGGGUCUGAACGUAUUCCGGGAGGAGGGCCGCGUGUUGUCGAGAUUACCGAAAAGAGUCAAAAGCUUCUUCACAGACGGGUCGCUGGAGAGCCUCCGAGCGGCGGAGGACGCCCGCUCCAAACGCCACUCCACCUCGGAGCUGGGCAGCAUCACGCUGACAGACGUCAGGAAGGAGGGCUGGCUGCACUACAAACAGAUCCUCACCGAGAAGGGCAAGAAGGUGGGCGGAGCCAUGCGGCCGUGGAAACGUGCCUUCUCCGUGCUGCGCACCCAUUCACUCUUCCUCUACAAGGACAAGCGGGAGGCCGUGCUCCACGGGGCUGGGACGCUGGGGCGCGGGUCCGGCAGUGGGCAGGGGGAGGACGAGCAGCCAAUCAGCAUCCGCGGCUGCCUGAUCGACAUCGCGUACAGCGAGACCAAGCGCAAGCACGCGCUGCGCCUCACCACGCAGGACUUCUGCGAGUACCUGCUGCAGGCCGAGGACCGCGACGACAUGCUCAGCUGGAUCCGGGUGAUCCGUGAGAACAGCAAGACUGACAGCGAGGAGCUGGGAUUCUCCAGACAGGCCCUCAUCAAUAAGAAACUGAAUGACUACAGGAAACAAAGCCCGACAGGGAACAAGCCAGACACGUCGCCUCGACUCCACCGUAUAGUGCAGCCUUUCCUCCUGUCCAGGACCGACAGUGCCCCGGGAGCCAACCGCGCGCUCAGGACAGACGGCAAGGAAGCAAGCAGUGCCCCCAAGGCUCCGUGGAGCAUCAACAUCAUGAAGAAGGGGAAGAAGGCGGGCCCUAAAGCCUUCGGGGUGCGACUGGAGGACUGCCCACCAGGGGCCAAUAAUAAGUUUGUCCCCCUGAUCGUGGAGAUCUGCUGCAGCCUGGUGGAGGGGAUCGGCCUGGAGUACACGGGCAUCUACCGGGUGCCGGGGAACAACGCCAUGGUGUGUACACUGCAGGAGCAGCUCAACAAGGGCAUGGACAUCAACACCACGGAGGAGAGGUGGCAGGACCUGAACGUCAUCAGCAGUCUCCUCAAGUCUUUCUUCAGGAAGCUUCCAGAACCUCUUUUCACCGACGACAAAUACAACGAUUUCAUCGAGGCUAACCGCUUAGAGGAUGCAGGGGAUCGGCUCAAGACCAUGAGGAAGCUGGUUCAUGACUUGCCUGAUCAUCACUACCACACCCUUAAAUUUCUGGUUGGCCACCUUAAGAGAGUGGCAGACCAUGCGGAGAAGAAUAAGAUGGAGCCCAGAAACCUCGCCCUGGUCUUUGGCCCCACGCUGGUGCGCACCUCGGAGGACAACAUGACGGCCAUGGUCACGCACAUGCCCGACCGCUACAAGAUCGUGGAGACGCUCAUUCAGCACUACGAUUGGUUCUUCAGCGAGGAAGCGGACAAGGACGAGAAGACCCCUGAGGACCAACAGGACGAGCAGCGCGUCCCAAAUAUCGACCACCUCCUCUCCAACAUCGGCAGGACUGCCCCGCUCGGGGAGGCCUCAGAUUCCACCAUCAGCGACUCAGCUAAAUCCAAGCAGGGAUCCGUGAGUUCAAAAAAAGAUGUGAGCGCCAAGGACUUCCUGCCCCUGUCCAUCAUAUCUGCUGUGACCCGGAAGAGAAAGAAGCACCAGAACGCCUGCCCCACUGACAGCAGCAGCGACGAAGACUCGGAGCACGAGCCGGUCAAAUCCAGCAACUACGGCGGGCUGAGCGAGAGCGCGGGAGCAGAAGUGGAUGAAGGAGGUGGAGAGAGGGAGGCAGAGAGAGGAAGCCAGGCCGAAAAGGUGCACGGGAAGGGUGGAGGAGCAGAGGGAGGCACGGGGUCAGAAGAGGAGGCCAAGCAGCAGGUGGGAGAAAAGGGAAGCUGGGCUUGCCAGCAGGAAGAUGGCAGCGCGCGAGCAGGCGUGGACGCCGGGCCACGGCAAAGCUCCGCAGGCCGGCCCGCCAGCCCCACCUGCGACGGCACCACCUUCGCCCACCGCCUCGGCCAAGCCAACCCCGUGGCACGGAAGAAGUUGCGCGGGGAGAGGGCGCGUCCCCGUUCCCUGCACGCGGAGCGCGGUCGGCUCGGAGAGGAGCUGGCCCGGGUCAAGGCCUCGCUCGUGCGAGGGCAGGAAAGGCUGCGUCAGGCCAUGUCUCCCAGCCGGGAGCCCCCCCUGCAGCAGGGCUGGUUGGGCCAGGUCCAGGCCAACCUCCUGGCCUCCGCCAACGACCUGUGGAGGUCAGGGGCCCAGUGGCGGCACGCAUCCCCAGAGACGCGCCGCAGGAGGAGAGACUGGAGGCGCCACACGGUGGUGGGCGGCGUUCCUACAGAGGGCUAAGGGACCACCCUGAACACUAAACCAUUAACAAGUCCCCCAGCAGAUGCCCUGUUCCCUUUUAAGUGGCGGUCUUGCGGUCUUAAACCAAAGAAAGGUUCGCCAACAGACGAAUUCAUUUCCGCUAUGACUUGCAUACGCGUAGAACGCUGAAGACAAAUUUCAUGCAAUAAAGGCUUGGGGUCUUUCAGCCUCUCCUGCAGGGGUAUAAUAAAUGCCCAGCACCGCCCACCCCGUAGCAGGACGAGGGCCCAUCAGGCCAAAAGUAUCUGAGAGAUGCUCAUUCCAUAUCAGCAAGACUUUGCACUGAUCCUAUUCAGCACAGCCAUGCUCAGGUGCACGGCCGCUGUUGAAAUGGUUUCGAAGAGGCUGUGGGGUGUUCAUCAGAACGCGUUCUAGCGCUCCUGUGCGGGAGACGGCUGAGACGCCUUUAGCAUGUGUCAGCAGCUCAGUAAAAAAAAAAAAAAAUCAUUCCCCGAAUCUAGUCUUCCUUUUUCUUUACGAGCUUAGAUGACGGUAGCGCAGACCGCACCGGUCCCAUCCUAACCUUCCCGUAAGCGCUUGUAUGUCCAUUGGAUAUCUGCUGCAUUUUGUGUUUGGAGCUGAAGUACCUGUUCCUUCUCCCCAUGUCGGCCUUGAUGAGCCACUAUAGAUGCGUUGUUACCAGUUUGACCAGUAAUUACUGCCAGCCCUGUGCCCCCUUAUGACUUAACAUGUGUCCUGUGUUUAUGUUUUGCCCCAGUGCAUGUACAUUCAUACACUCUAUGGGUGAUUGUGUGGACCAAUUUUUGUAACAAUUGUACAAAGUCUCACUAAGUUAACCUCUGUGUACAAAUGAUAUAUAUAUGGCAUAAUAUAAAAUUGGUUUUGAUUUUUUUU